AUUCUGCUGACCUUCAUUACUCGUUAUGUAGCGGCGCAUGUGCCUCCGCAUUGUCGUUGCUGAUUACGGCUAGUUCGUACUAUGUCUUAUGGCGCAGGCAGAGCUCAGCCCUGCCACCUGCAUCGAAGCGAAUCCUUCGAUCAUCACUGUAUACACUUAAAGCUACACCGUAUCCACGACAGCACGCCCUCGCUGACCUACACUUUUUAUCCAGAAACACGUUACCUUUUCACGGUCAUCAACGCAUCUUGCUCGAGUCAUCGUCAUGGAUAUCGCAGGAGUUGGGCAAAAGUCGUACAGCAAAGCAGAGUUGGAAAAGCAAGUGAAACUAGAAGAGCAGCGCAAAGCCGAAAAAGAGAAGAAUGAGAUCAAACACGAGGAAGAGUUGAAAGAGGGUCAGGAUAGAAGCAAGAAAGGAAGAGUUCAUCGAUGGAUGAACUAUGCAAUGGCAAGUCUCAACGGCUGAUGGUGAAUGUUACAAUAUGAAGUAGCCCGCAUUACUGUACACCUCCCGUCCCUACCUCGAUACUUCAUCUAUCCUCUUCUUCAAGACUGG